AAGAGAACCAAGAAGCAUGAUUGUCACAUUGGAUACGAUACAGGUCGAAGAUAGUAUGAUUGUGUUACUGGUAUAAAAGCCAGAGAGUUUAAUUGCAGCACUUUCAUAAGCAUCGCGAUCUUUAGUUAAGGUUGUUAAAUCAAUAUAAAUACCUUGCUUAGUUAGUUGCCAUAAUCGCUUUGCGAGUGAUAUAAAGAUGAUCAGAGCUUUGAACCUUCUGACAUUAGCUAUCCUUGCUUGUGUCAAUCUUACCUACGGUAUUGAGUUUCGUCCCUGCUCUGAUGGUAAACCACAACCAGCAAUUGUACAUAUUGAAGGAUGUCCUCAGAUGCCAUGUGAUAUUGUACGAGGCAGCAACUCUACCAUGACGAUGGUUUAUUUGUCACGUAAGUUGAUGGUAUAUGGAAUCUUAUCAGUAUGGAUUGUUUUACUAAUUAUUUUGAAUAAUUCUUCAGCGUUUGAUGCCGAAAGUCUUAGACAUGAAGUAUUUAUGACUGUUUUGGGUAUUACCGCACAAAUGCCAACUGUUCCGGGACAAGAAAUUGGAUGUGACUGGUUAACUGGAAGUUCCUGCCCGAUACACCAGGGAGAUCUGGUUAUAAGUACUCAUGUGUCGGUUUUUCCACCAGUAAUAUAUCCAUUACUUCCAUAUGUCAUUGAGUUUAGCAUUUUAGAUGAACAAAAUCGCGUAAUGGUGUGUUUUGAAUAUGAUAUCCAAAUUAUUGCAGCUUAAGGAGCUUAAUGUAAUUUGUACAAAACAUCAAGUUUGUUAAGUCGAAAACAUACUUAUAAAAUAAUAUUAUACAAUGCAUUAUAAUAACAUAACUGUUCAUACAUAAUUUCGUUGAAUUCUGAUUUGUUGUUAUUU